GUUUACAUGUUUAAUAGAGCUGUUCUGACUUGAUGUACUGCGGAUCAAAUCCAACCACGGCAGUACAACAAGUCAACAGAUGAACUUGAAUAGAAAGGAAGAGUCAGAGUGUACUAGGGAUGUAACGGUGGAAAAAAGUAAAAGAGGGGAAUACCUUUUUUUCACAAUGACUACCAUGACGAUGAUUGCACUGAUUUUCCCCUUCCUUUUCUCUCACAGCACGCUGCUCAUAGUGAGAUCGCUUUCGUCUGAAAAGCGGAACGGAAAGCGACUUGCAUCAAAUGUCAACCCGAUUUUCCGUGCUAAAAUUGUCAUCCGGGAUAGAGCUCAUUUUGACAGAAGUGUUCGCCCUAUGGGAAAAUGACAGUUACUGCGAGUGGGACACUUUUGUAACACCAGUGUCACGUCGGUUUGUCGGUGGCGCAAUCUCAGAUUGCGCAUAUAUUCGUUUUAUCAAAACAUAAGUCAUUUCGCGUAGCCAACCCUGAGCUAUUAACGUCAUUUCCAUACAUUUUCAGAUUGCGCCAAGAUUGCGCAUAAAUUUUCAAGAUUAUAUGUCCGAGAUAUAUAUUUUUUUUUGACAGAUAAAUAUAUCAAACCGACCCGUUUGACAGAUAAAUAUAUGCGCAAUCUGAGAUUGCGCAUCGUCUAUUGUUACGGUUAGCCUAAAAGCUAGAAUUAGAUUCGAGUACCUGCUCGAAAACAUGGCAAAACAAGGUCUUGUCUUUAAUUCAUUUAAAGAGAUUGGGCCAUCUAUCACUUUUUGUAAUGUAGUUUGAAAAAUUGUUUAUUUUUGGCGUUUUAUAAAAUUUCAUCAGAUAACAAGGCCGAAUACUUGAAAAACACGGAUUUAAAGGCUCAAUAAACUCUUUUAUUCUUUUAUAAAUGUCUCAUGUUUUGUAAACAAGGUAUUACUCUGUAUGAAUUUUAUGUUAGGCCUAAAAUACACGACGCGCGUUUCCACGGGUGGAUAACAAUCUAAUCAUAAAAAUGUAAUGUCAUUCGAACGCGCUAUCGCAGAAACACAGAGAUUAUUUUUUGUUUAUUUUUAUAGAGUCUUUGAGAAACUCAGAGAUACUCAUGCUGGAUAUCUUUACGGAACUGUUUUGCCAAAAAUACAUGGGCCAGAAUUUCACUGCCGGGAAAUUACGACUGCUGAUAAAUAUAUGGAUAUGGCAGAUUGAAAAAAUUGCCGAUGACAGUUUGUGCAUAGGUUUGACAGCAGACGGAAUAACGCUAACGCAAAAUUCCAGUACAUAUGUGUUGGGCCUUAUACGCGUUACCGCCUCCGCGGAAAUCAAUCCUUUUACCUGAAUAAAAGAGUAUCCAUUUUCGUUUGGAGAAAAGUAUUCACAAGAUUUCGCUUUUUUUAAAAAACAGUGAUUUUGUGUGUUCGGUGGUGAUUUACAAUCUUGUUGACGUAAGGUCAAAAAUACACUGACUGGAAUUUCGCGGCCGUGGAAUUCUGUGUACUGUCAAAUCCAUAUACAAAGUGUCAACGGCAACUUUCCCGAUCUGUCAUAUCCAUACAUUUUUCAGCAUUUAGGAUUUUUUAGAAGAAGAAGAGUUUUUAGAUUUCGUCUCGAGUUUUUGGCCCGAGGCCUUUAGAUUAGAAUGUGUUUAAAAUGAUGAAUCGGUCUGCUCAUUAUAAGAUAAUAGUUGUUUGAUUCUUGAAAGUUAGAUGAAAUGUUUUUAUGUUUCUUGUAAUAAUAAUUGUAGGAUGAUUUUCAAGGGCCUUUUACUAUUAAAUAUCAUCCAAGAUGGCCAAAAGGAUUUUGAGUUAUAUUUGAACUCGUUUUGAAGUUUAUGAAGUUUAUGAAUGUUUCCUGAAUGUCAAAUUAAAAUUUAAUUUUUCUUGAACACAACUGUCAUUUUUUAACAUCAUCCAGCCUGUAUCAAUAUUACGUACUUUGUCGCUUGACGUAAGCUUUUAACAUUGUGUCUGUAAAUGUCAAUGUGCUUUGUUAUUCGUAAAAACAUCACGUCAUAGUAGCUUCAACCAGUUUGUAACGUGUUUCAAACACUUUCAUUUUCACUUUAAUUUCACUUUAAUCUUAAAAAAAACAAAGUUUCGUUAACGCUGCCAUGAUACCUUUAAUUAUGUUAAUUGAUGAGGAGCGUCAAGAAGAUAAAAGGAAUGAGCAAAGAUACCGCAGACAUCUUAGAAUUCAGAGAAAUGUGUUGAACCUGCCUUAUAAUAAGUUCAUCAGAGAUUAUCGUGUAUCACCUGCGAUAUUUGAGGAGAUUAUCUGGGAGAUUAAGGAUGAAAUAUCUCCAUUGCGGUCUCAUGGUAUCACUCCAGAACAAAAGCUAGCAGCCGUUUUACGAUUUUUUGCUGAGGGCAGUUUUCAGCAAAGUGUUGGGAAAGAUUUCUACGUGCCGGUGGCAAACACGACAUUUUCAAAAUGUAUUUAUGAAAUCAUUGCUGUAUUGCAGGUAUGUGAUGAUACACAGAUAAUUGGAUUCGUUAACGCAAAAUAUGGCGGAGCAAGCCACGAUUCUCACGUUUGGAAUAGAAGUCCAGUUGGAAGAUUCUGCUCAAUAAAACAUCGUAAUCUCGAAACAGGCUUCAAAAUAUCAGGAGAUUCCGCUUACCCUAGGGCAGAUUGGUUGAUUGUGCCAUGUAGAAAUGCGACUGCAAAUUCAGCUGAAGCUGAGUUUAAUACGCUCCACACUGCUGCUAGAAUUAUAAUAGAAAGAACGAUCGGAGUGUUGAAAAGUCGAUUCCGAUGUCUUUCCGGGCAGAGAGAGCUUUUGCAUACAGCAGUAAAAUGCCUUAAAAUUAUUAAUGUGUGUUGUGCGCUACACAAUAUGUGUAUAAAUUAUCGGGUAAACUUUUAAACAAAUACUCUUCAUUGCAUUCAAACUAGGGCAUAAAAUUCACCUUUUAAUUCUCUUGAUUUUAAUUCAUAUCGUCGUAUUACUUAAAAUCUAAUGUUACUUAAAAACUUGUAAGAAAUUCAAAAAAUAAAUUAUUUUGUUUUAAAAACAUUUAAGCAUAAAAAAUAUCAUCCGUUUUGUAUAGCUAAUUAACUAAUUAACUAUAGCUUGCGAUACCAUUACGAAAACUAACUUAUGUAAAGAGUAACUAAAAUGAUUGAGUUUUAAAAGCUCUCACGUUGUUCGCAUCUACAUGCACAAUUGCACUGGCUUUGUUUUAUGAUAUCACCCAAACUGGUUAUUGCUUGUAAUAUUUCCUGAUUAGAUUUAACGAUUUUCUCGGUGAGUUUUUGUGUUUCUUAUAAUAUAUCUGUUUGCCUUUCUGCCAUAUUGGUUAAUUUAUCAGAGCGUUGCUUUAGCUUUUUCUGGGGUGGUUGUUGCGGAAUUUCUUCAUCGCUCUCCUCUAUUGAGCAGUGUGGUGCUGGGUUCACAGGUAGUUUUUCUGUUGUUUGCUUUGGCUUGUAAUAUGGCUGCUGUUCAUAAAUGUCGCUCUCGAUUCCGUCGUUGAAGUUGCGAACAUUUCGGGCAUUUGGGUCGAUAUUUUCUACGCCAUAAUGAUCCCUCAAAUGCCUCUCAUCCUGUUGUUGGUAGCAUAACAUUGUUGCAAUUCUUUCUUCAAGCGGUGAAAGUGGGACUUUGGAGCUUGACAUAUUUACAGUUUUCCACACCAGAAAAUUUUAAAUAUUUGUUAGUUCCUUUUGAAAAAAAAA